CCGCCAGCCCCGCCCCCGCCCCUCCUUUCCUCCUCCGUUGGUGUGUGGAGUGCGCGAGGCGGCUCGCUCCGCUCCCUUCCCCCUUCCUUCCUUCGCCUGCCUGCUUCCUUCCUUCCUGCCUGCCUUCCUUCCUCCUUUCCUCCCGUCUGUGCCAUGGAUGGCGUGGAUCUGAUGAGCUUUUUCCUUCUGGUAUCGCUUACGGGCCUCUUACCAUGAGCAAUUCUACUCCUGCUACAGCUAAUGGGAAUGAUAACAAGAAAUUCAAAGGAGACAGAUCACCUUGCUCACCUUCACGAGUCCUUCAUCUUCGUAAGAUUCCAAAUGAUGUCACUGAAGCAGAAGUAAUUUCUCUAGGUCUACCUUUUGGCAGAGUAACCAAUCUCUUGAUGUUGAAGGGGAAAAGCCAGGCUUUCCUAGAAAUGGCUUCAGAAGAAGCAGCUGUUACUAUGGUGAACUACUACACUCCUGUUACUCCACACCUCCGCAGUCAGCCUGUUUAUAUUCAGUAUUCUAAUCACAGAGAACUUAAGACUGACAAUCUACCCAAUCAGGCUAGAACUCAAGCUGCAUUGCAAGCAGUAAAUGCUGUGCAGUCUGGAGGCCUGGCCCUUACAGGUGCUCCAGCUACUGAGGGUGGAUUGCCUCCUGGUCAGAGUUCUGUACUUCGAAUUAUAGUUGAAAAUCUUUUCUAUCCUGUAACUCUAGAAGUGCUAUAUCAGAUCUUCUCCAAGUUUGGAACAGUUUUGAAGAUCAUCACUUUCACCAAGAACAAUCAGUUUCAGGCCUUGCUUCAGUAUGCUGAUCCAUUGAAUGCACAUUAUGCAAGAAUGGCUCUUGAUGGUCAAAACAUCUACAAUGCUUGCUGCACUCUCCGUAUUGAUUUCUCCAAACUAACAAGCCUUAAUGUAAAAUACAACAAUGAUAAAAGCAGAGAUUUUACACGUUUGGACCUUCCUUCAGGUGAUGGGCAGCCUUCCCUUGAGCCCACAAUGGCUGCUGCUUUUGGCACUCCAGGGAUCAUCUCCUCACCAUAUGCAGGGGCUGCUGGCUUUGCCCCUGCCAUUGGUUUUCCCCAGGCAGCAGGUUUGUCAGUCCAAGGUGUUCCCAGUGCACUUGGGCCUCUUGCAAUCACCACCUCCGCCAUGACUGGGCGCAUGGCUAUCCCAGGGGUUCAUGGAAUGCCAGGAAAUUCUGUUCUGCUUGUCAGCAAUCUCAAUCCUGAUGCAAUUACACCAGAUGGACUCUUUAUCCUGUUUGGUGUUUAUGGAGAUGUCCAUCGAGUAAAAAUCAUGUUUAAUAAGAAGGAAAAUGCCUUAGUCCAAAUGGCAGAUGCAACCCAAGCCCAACUAGCCAUGAAUCACCUAAAUGGACAAAAACUUUAUGGAAAGAUGCUGCGUGUUACACUUUCUAAGCAUCAGACAGUACAACUUCCUCGUGAAGGACAGGAGGACCAAGGUCUGACAAAGGACUAUAGUAAUAGCCCUUUGCAUCGCUUCAAGAAGCCUGGGUCAAAGAACUUCCAAAAUAUCUUCCCACCAUCAGCCACCUUGCACCUCUCCAACAUUCCGCCUUCUGUCACAGUUGAUGACCUAAAGAAUCUUUUUGCUGAAACUGGGUGUAUUGUGAAAGCCUUCAAAUUCUUUCCGAAAGAUCGCAAAAUGGCGCUCAUCCAGUUGGGUUCUGUGGAAGAAGCAAUCCAGGCUCUUAUUGAGCUUCAUAAUCAUGACCUUGGAGAAAACCAUCACCUCAGAGUUUCCUUCUCCAAAUCUACAAUCUGACAGUUCUGUGACCUUUUCCAUUUUAAGACUCUUCUCACAAUUCCCAGUGAAAAUCAUCUUCAGACAGAGACUGGAGUAGCCAAAACCAACGCUGCAUCCUUCAAACAAUGAAACUUGAGUGGUUCAAGUGUAAUUCUAUACACAGUAACAAAUCAAGGGAUGGUCUUUCCAUAUAUUUUCCUGUUUGAGGGGCCAAUAGCCCUCCACAUUUUUUUUCUUCUAUAGUAUUUAAUAAAAAUUUCAGUAGAAGCCCCUCCUUUUCAAAUGAUUUCAGGAACAUAAUUUUAUUGUUUAUUCCAAAAUAAUGUUACACAACAUUUCUGUGUCCCUUUAAAUAUCCGAAAAAUGUUUUCAAAAUCGACUUAGUAGAUGGCCUUUCACACUACUUAUAUAGAAUAUUGUUUUUUGUGGUGAGGGGAGAUUUCUUUGACCAAUUAACUAACAUGUUAAUCAGCGCCUGUUUUGAAAAAAUUGGAAGAAAGGCAGUGCCUUCUUUCUCCAUGACGUGAAAUAAUGAAGUCCAAAUAUAAGAUGUAAUUGAUAUAGAUGAAUUGUCUUAAUGUGAUCCAAAGUGGUCACACUUUUAACUAGAUAUGAAAUCAUGGUGGGAGAGGUUACUAGCUUUUAGUACUAUGAAAUGAUGUGUAAUAAAAUUUUGGAGAAAAUGAAAAGAAAAGAUAUGUCCUGAUUUCAAGUUUUGUACAUUUAUUUCAGAAAAAAAUGUUUACACUCUUAAAGGAAAAAAAAAUCAGGUCUGUCAUAUGGUUUGACAAAUUUUUAAAAAGGUUAUUUUUGGUAAAGUCUUGUUUAAAAAUAUAUAAAAUUAAACCUCAAGGGUUUUUUGUACCACUAUAAUCUCUAAUACUUAAAAUCAGAAUUACUGUGUAUUUACUUAAUUUCUUAUGUGCCUUAUUAUGUGCUUAUAAUGAUACAAUAGUUUAGAGUUUUAUCUGAAGUAUCUUCGAACUGUAUUGUGGCUUGGUGAGGUUUUCCCCCCCUUUGUCUUAGUUUUUAAACUGGUGAUUUCAAAAAAUGUUUUUAAUAAGUAAUCAAAACAGAUUUUUGGUGCUUUGGUACAGGGAUGGGGAGGUGGGGAUUAAAGAUAACUCGAUGCACAUCCUUAUAGAGCUUUUCACAAUAUUUUGGAAGUUGCAGUUGAGUGAUACCACUGUUGGGAUCAUAAGAAUGUUCUUCAGUUUUUGGAUAGUAUCUGACCUGUUGAGCUAUUGGCUCUCUGAGAAUAUUUUGCCUCAGGAUUCCUUUUCACCCAGCAGUACUGGGCUAUACUAAUUAUAGACUGGCUUUCCUUAAUAAAUAUCGUAACUUCAGUACCGAAUGUUCACUCCUUUUUGGAGAGGAAGAUGAGAUGCAAUCUUACUAUUUUUGGUGAAAUAUAGUUACACACAGGUUA